UGACGCUGCCGCCGGCCCGCGUGUCCCUCUCGUCCCUCGCCCGUCCCCGGCAAACGCGCAGCCGUCCAGGCCAACAGUCCAGAGCGAUUUCAGGCACCUCGUCGCAGCUGCCAGCCGCUGCAGCGACACGCCUCGCAGCAGAGCUCUUUCGAAGGCCGCUGCCUGUCUGAGUUCGCCGCCAAGGCUGGCGGAGGGCUGAAGCGCCCUCCUCCCGGCGCACCUCAGCCCUGACGCCGCCGUGCUGCGUGGCAAAGAAAGCGUUCGUCGCCGCGAUCUCACUGCGCGCAAGAGCGUCGAGUGCCCCUCGGUCCCCAUGCCGGGCAGCCAAGGCGAGGCGAGGCUGGCGCUGCAGCUGAAGCGCUGGACAAAGCAACGCCGCGAAGCCGGCCCAGCGCAAGCGGCAGCGCCUCGCGCGUGUUCGAAAUUUGGCCGCACGCCGCCGCCGCGGGCUGCGGUGCCCAGCGCAAGCGCGUCAGCGCCGCGUCAGGGGCACCGCGGAGCCGCGCCGGCACGCCCCAGACGGGCAGGUCGGGCAAGGCCUCCCUCAUCCCGAUGGGGCCAGCCGAAUGCACACUUGCUCUUCUGCGCAGCUGCCCGCUCUGCAUGCUGCUACUGCACGGCCGCAUGGCCGCAGCUGCGCAGGCUUGCAUCGCUGCGCCCAUCUGCAGCAGGCGCCACCUCCCGACCGGGCGAGGAGGAGAGCUCUCCUCUGCCGGCGUGGCAAGGCGCCGAGCCAGAGCAGCGCAGCCUCUCGACUGACAAGGCGCCUGCCGCCGGCAGCCGUCCUCUGUCCUGCUCCUCUCCGGCGUGCGCCAGCGAGCGGCCUUCGGUACCUGAUCAGCCACUCGCAGCGCCUUGCGCGCUGGCCAGCAAGGCAGAUCCUUCUUAAGCGCCGCCCGGCGCCAGCGUCUCCUCCUGAUCCCGACACCUCUCGCCUCCACUCGGCC